CUGCGGGUUCAACUCCCAACCGAGCACCAGUUGAAAAGGAACAGCCAUCCAUCUAUUCAUCCAUCCAUCUAUUCAUCCAUCUAUUCAUCCAUCAUCCAUCACUGACAUGGGGAAGAGCAGCUUCCACAGAGAAAUGCUUCUGUCCUACGUUCCCCUCUGUGGAUUCCUGCUGAUUUUAAACCUGCAGAUCUCCAGCUCGUUCCCCGUCAGCACCGGACUGUCGGACACCGACGUCGACAUCUUAAAGGUGCUGCUUCACCGACUGGAGGAGUCGGUUUCAGACCAGAACUCGGAGGAGAACUUUAUUCCUCCCGAGAGCAACUCUCCGUACGUCCUGAACUCUGAGGACGAGGAGGAUGAAGAGAAGACGCAGACGGGACUGGACGAAGCUCGGAUCCGGGAGUUUCUCUCGGCCAGGAAGGAGGACGAAGAGAAGAGACAGACGGGACUGGACGAAGCUCGGAUCAGAGAGUUUCUCUCGGCCAAGAGUCUGAAGAACGUCCGCAGUGACUCGUCCCGACGGUCGUCCGGCUGCUUCGGCCGGCGCAUGGACAGAAUAGGAUCCAUGAGCUCUCUGGGCUGCAACACCAUCGGCAAAUACAACCCCAAGUAAAGAUGAAGUCUUACCUUCGAUAUUCUGGAACCGCAAUGUCUGUACUGAAAUUAAUUUUUAUUUGAAAGCUAUUUAUUUACAUAUAUUUAUUGGAAAUUGUGCUUUUAAAGAGUAUUUAUUAACAAUAGAAGUGAUGCUCUUCUUUAUUUGCUGUUGAAUGUUUAAAUAAAUGUUUACAACUGCGCAUCAAUCAAA